GAGCCAUCUUAUUCCAGACGCCGAUCAUUACUUCUUGUAGUAAAUUCAGUGGUAUCGUGUCGUCAAACAACAUUAGGUUUUUAGUGGACGAAACAACGUUGUUUUACGUGUAUUCAGUAUGGUAGGGACAAGGGUCUAUGUCGGUGGGCUUCCAUACGGCACCAGGGAUAGAGACCUUGAGAGAUUUUUCAGAGGCUACGGUCGAUUCCGUGAUGUCCUCAUCAAGAAUGGUUACGGCUUUGUUGAGUUCGAUGACUAUAGGGAUGCCGAUGAUGCUGUCUACGAGCUCAAUGGAAAGGAGCUGCUAGGAGAAAGAAUUACUGUAGAGAGGGCCCGGGGGACACCUAGGGGUAGUGACCAGUGGCGCUAUGGUGACUCCCGUGGUGGUUAUGGGGACUCGAGGCGAUCUGCCCGAGACGAUAUGCGGCACGACAGAGAUAGUGUGAACAGAAACACAAGGACUGCAUCUAGCUACAAGCAAUCAUUGCCCAGAUACGGACCACCCACACGCACCGAGUACCGCCUCACCGUGGAAAAUCUGUCGAGCCGGGUCAGCUGGCAGGAUUUGAAGGAUUAUAUGAGACAGGCUGGAGAAGUGACAUAUGCAGAUGCACACAAGCAGCGCAGGAAUGAGGGAGUUGUAGAGUUUGCAACAUACUCGGAUUUGAAGAACGCUAUUGACAAAUUGGAUGAUACAGAACUGAAUGGACGCAGGAUCAGACUUAUAGAAGACAAAAGACGUGGUCGUCGCUCAAGGUCAUCAAGCUCCAGAUCAAGGUCACGAUCACGAUCCCGAUCCCGCCGCCGAUCUCGCUCUCGCUCAAGGAGUCGUCGCAGCUCUCGAAGCCGCAGUCGUCGCAGCAGUCGCUCCAAAUCAAGGGGGCCACAUUCUAAAUCUAAAUCAAAGUCCAAAUCCAAAUCCCCCGAGCGUAGUCGCUCUCGUUCCAAAUCCAAAUCAAGAGACCGCUCAAAGUCGAAAUCUAAGUCAAAGUCCAAAUCCAGAUCUCGUUCUAGGUCCAAGGCCGAGAGGUCAAAGUCCAGGUCGCAGUCCAAAUCCAAAGCCAAGUCUCCCUCGAAUUUUUUUUACAGAGAUAGAUCUAGUCGUGAACGAUCCAGAGGCGCCAGAUCAAGAUCCCGAUCAGGCAGCAAACAUAGCAAAAGUCGCAGCCGUUCACGUUCACCAAUGAACGGAGACAAAUCACCAGAAAGUAACAAGCUGAAGGCUGAUUAAAAGAAGUGAAUGGAACACAAUUGACAAAGGAGAACUCAACAAGAAGGAGGAAUUUACGGGAGCGAAACUUGAAAGAGUUUUUCUUCUCUUUAGUUUCCUUUUAUUUUUUCUACAUUAUAAAAAAUACAUUCAAGAAGCCAGUUUCAUACCUUGUUUUACGACGUCGAUUCUUCAUGUGACAAUUACUUGUAAUUAAUGUAUUACACACACGCGUACACACACACAACGUCGUUUUACGAUAAGAGAAAUUCAGAAAUCCUAUUUGAGGAUGAAAACGAUUGAGAGAAAUGUGACUCGAAAGAAUGUAAUUUAAUGAUCGGCUUAAGAAUAAUUAAUUGUACAUGGUUUACUUAUUCGAACCAAUCUGGUACGUUGGUUUCACCUGGUUUUAAUUGUACACAUCCCCAUUGGAAAACCACUACUCUCGCAUUUAGAGAAAUAAGAUUGUCUUCAUACGUACCUUAAGCGGACUCUACACGUUUUCGAUGUAUCGCCGUAUAUCGAGGAAUUCCCUGUAAUGGCUUUUUGUAUAUAUUCCUAACAAUCACAUUACAAUGAGGAAAUAUAUGUGAUGUGUAUAUUAAAUUUAGCGGUAAGAGGUAUCUUAUUAUCAAUAAAAAUUCAUGCCAAGCCUA